AUGAAAAGGCCAUCCCCACAAAUAGUUUCCCAUAAAUACUCCACCAUCACCAUUCUUCUCUUAUUCCAAAUCCAAUAAAGCUAUGGGGAAUUGCCUAGUUCAGCAAGAAAAGAUGAGUAAGGUGAUGAAAACCGACGGAAGAGUUCAGCAAUAUAAAGCUCCCAUCAAAGUGGAGGACGUUUUGUCAGAAUUUUCAGGGCAGUUACUCUCCGAUUCGCUUCCAGAAAUCAGGAAACUCAAUGUUGAGAAAAAGAAGGUGAGGUUUUCGAAAAAGAAGGCAACCGGAGAUGGACAAGGAACCGCCAGUAUUGUGAGACUAAAGUUGGUUAUCAGUAAACAAGAGCUGCAGGAGCUGCUGCAAAAGGGAGGAGUUUCAGUUAAGGAUAUGAUUUCUCGGAGUAAAAACCAAGUUCAACACAGUGAAGUGUGGAAGCCUGAGUUAGAAAGCAUCCCUGAAGUAGACUAGUAACUAAACUACUGUAUUUCUUCAGUUUAAAAUACCAAUUUUUGCAAGAACCUUCUUAUUAGCAUUGUUGUAUUGGCAGCGUUGUAAGAGUGGCAAGAUAGUAAAUAUAUUAGAGGUUUUUGUAUCUUAUCUGGAAUAAAACUUAUUAGCAUGUUAGAAAUU